UCCCAGGGUGGACUAGGCAGGACCAGCUUGCAGAACACUCAGAGGUCACCGGGAAGGGGAGCUGGCCAGACAGAAAUCCAAUUUUCCAGCAGAGUUUGGACCUUGGAGUUAAGAGUCACAUUUAUGGGCCUUUAAACAAGCAGGAUUCAGAAUAGCUGCUGACUGAGAAGGGCCGUUCUGUGUCAAUGGAGGAGGAAGCAGGGGAGGAACCCGGGCUGGGCAGGUCGACAGCCCCCAAAGAUUUCCACUUUUAUCACAUGGACCUGUAUGACUCUGAAGAUAGACUGCAGCUCUUCCAGGGAGAAAGCAGCAGAGUCAGGAGGGAAGUAACCCAAGCUGAACUGACCAAUGAGCCAAGAGGGCCAGGGGACAGCAAGAAUCUCCAGAAGGAAGUGGACGAGCUUGUCCAUUUAUACGGGCUUGAAGAUGACCGUGAAUUAGGGGAUGAAUUCGUGGAUGAACACAGACUGGGGACUCUGGGGUAUCCUUCUUAUGGAAUGAGGAAGGACCCAGGCAGGGAGCAGAGAGACUGGGGGCUUAGUGGUGAGGCAGCUGAGGCUGGGGACCUGGGCUACGGAGGGCAAGGCCCUCUUGACCAGUGCCAAGACCUCCGGGAAGUCUACAGGUACACACGUGGCCGUGCCAGUGAGGAGUAUGAAUGCUAUGUCAUCCCGGAGGAGGAAGAUGGAGAAGAGCCUGCUGAUGUCUUCUGUGUCACUUGCAAAACCCCAGUAAGAACUGCUGAGAAGGAUUUUGACAUACACGAGGAACAUGAAGUAACCCCGAUCAGCAAAGCUCUGGAACAUGCCAAGGAUGAAAUUCACAAAAACAUGUGCAAAUUGGAACAGCAGAUUAUCGAGAUGGAAAAUUUCGCCAGCCACCUGGAAGAAGUGUUCAUUACUGUGGAGGAGAAUUUUGGAAGACAGGAACAAAACUUCGAGUGUCAUUACAAUGGGAUCUUGGAAACCCUUGCUCAAAAGUAUGAAGAAAAAAUUCAAGCUCUGGGGGAGAAAAAGAAAGAGAAGCUGGAAGCCUUAUAUGGACAACUGGUCAGCUGUGGAGAGAACCUUGAUGCCUGCAGAGAGCUGAUGGAAACCAUAGAGGAGAUGUGUCACGAGGAAAAGGUUGAGUUCUUAAAGGAUGCAGUGGCUAUGACUGACAGACUGGGGAAAUUCCUGAAAACCAAAACAGAUGUGGAACUCUCUGCACAGCCUGAGUUUGAAGAUCAGACCUUGGACUUCUCUGAUGUGGAACAGCUGAUGGACGCCAUCAAUACCAUUCCAGCUCCCUCUGCUCCAGUGAUAAAUCCCCAGGCACCCAACUCAGCCACCGGCUCUUCAGUGCGUGUGUGCUGGAGCUUAUACUCUGACGACACUGUGGAGAGCUAUCAGCUGUCCUAUAGGCCAGUGCAGGACAGCUCAUCUGGCAAGGACCGAGCAGAGUUCACCAUGACGGUCAAAGAAACAUAUUGCUCAGUGACAAACCUUGAGCCAAAUACCCAGUAUGAAUUUUGGGUCAUAGCUCAGAACAGGACGGGCCCCAGCCCCUCCAGUGAGCACGCAGUGUAUAUGACAGCCCCCUCGCCCCCCUCUAUAAAAACCGAGGCAAUCAGAAGCUGUGAAGAGGCUGCGCUGAUUUGCUGGGAGUCUGGGAACCUGAAUCCUGUGGACUCCUACACAGUGGAACUAAUCCAGGCAGAGACGCCAGAGGCCUCAGGGGUGACUGAGUCUGUUGUAGGCAUCCCGACCUGUGAAUCCUUGAUACAGCUGCAGCCUAGACACAGCUAUACGAUCUACGUUCGAGCCCUCAACGUGGGGGGCACCAGUGCCAGAAGUGAGCCUGCUACAGUACACACCACAGGAAGCUACUUCCAAUUGAACAAAGACACCUGCCAUCCCUGGCUGACCAUUUCUGAAGAUGGGUUUACAGUGGUUCGAAGUGAGAAGAAAAGCUUCAGAAGGGAGCCGCCACCCAGCAAGACGCAGUUCACCAGGUGCGUUGCUGUCAUGGGAAAUCUAAUUCGGGUCCGAGGCCGUCAUUACUGGGAGGUGGAGGUGGGUGAGCAUUUGGACUACACUGUGGGUGUGUCCUGUGAAGAUGUCCCUAAACAAGAAGACCUGGGAGCAAACAGCUUGUCCUGGUGCAUGAGGCAUACAUUUGUCUCAAAAAGGCAUCGCUAUGAGUUUCUGCACAACAAGACAACUCCAGACAUCAGGAUCACAGUUGCUCCAAAGAAGAUUGGCGUCCUGCUGGACUAUGAGAACGCCAAGCUGUCGUUUUUCAAUGUGGACAUUGCUCAGCACCUGUACACAUUUAGCUGUCCGCUCCACCAAUUUGUGCAUCCCUGUUUUUCCCUGGAAAAGUCUGGAUGCCUAAAGAUCUGCAAUGGCAUCUCAAUGCCACAGCAUGUCGCUUUCUUUUAGGCCCUUCUGCUAUUGCGGCUCUUUCUUCUGUCCUGUCCCUCGGCCACCCUCCCCUCGCUGGCUGAACUUGGCAUUCAAGCCUCCUGCUGCCAGCAGAAGUUAAAGCUCACGGUAGUGGGUAGUGUCAGUAGAUGGUGUACUGGAACCCAUUUCACCUGAUGUGGACUCACCCUGUGUGCUGCGCCCUGCUGAAGCUAGGAGAACCUUUAUCAGGCUGUUAAAUGAGGGCUCUUGUGGAGUCCAAUUCUUGCAGUGUCAAAUUGCAAUUUGUGAAUAUGCAAAGUAUUUUGAAUCUCCUAAACUUAUAGACCCAGGGAGAGGGCUGGGAAGUCAUGAUGGCCGCAGCAGCCCCUGACAUUUCACUGUUUACCAAGAACAGACUAGGGAAGGCAAGAAACUCUCUAAAGAAAAAGAAGGAUGUCAGGUGCCCAUCUCAAGGCCAUCGUGGUAGACUGAGUAAGAAUGGUUCCCAUAGGCUCACAUAUUUGAAUGCUUAGUCAUGGGUGCGGGAGGGGCUAGGAGUGGCACUACUUAAAAAGGAUUAGAACUAUUAGGGGGCGUGGCUUUGUGGAUCAGAAUAUACCUCUCCACUACUGCUCCAGUGCUGCCAUGCUUCCUGCCAUGAUAAUGGGUUAAGCCCCUAAAACUAUAAGCCAGCCCCCAAUUAAAUGUUUCCUUUUGUAAGCAGUACCUUGGUCACGGUGUCUCUUCACAGCAAUAGAACAAUGACUAAUACACAAGUUGGUAUCAAGGCUGGGGCACUGCCGUAACAGGCUUGACUGUGCUGCAUGUUGGAAGAAUAUGAAAGACUCUGGACCUUUGGACUAGAAAAGUGGCCAAGUACUUUAAGUGUGACUAAUGGCAGCACAGAAGACACUGCAGAGAUGAUUAGAACUGUGGGGCUCAGGGGAUCAAGAAGUUCAAGAGGGGAUGAAUAUUAGUAAGUGGCCACUGGACCAUUCUUGUGAUAUUUUAUCAAAGAAUAUGGCUGCUUUUUGGCCCUUGCCCUAAAAAGCUGCCUGAGGCCAAACUGAAGAGUUUUGAAUUAUUGCUUUAACAAAGGAGAUAUCGAGACAGCCUGGUAUUGACUCUGCUAUGAGGCUAUGAGUGACUGCUUUUAUUCCUAUCUAUAGUGAAAAGGAGUAGGGCAACAGGAACCAUACAAAAUGUACAGAUUGAGGAGAAAAGAAAAACCAGGAAAUGAUUUCUUAGAACCAAGUUCUGUGCUCAAGGAGACAAGUUUAAAGAAAAGCCAGGUGCUAAAUGGAAUAAAGGGAAUGGUGACUUCAGAGCAACACCACACCCAGCUAAGCUUCCAACCAGUGAAAGGAAUCAAAGGAAAGCUUAAGCAGUAAAGGAAACCAUCAACAGAAAGCCUGUGCAAACUGUAACUGGAAGAGUGGCCAAGUUCCAGCCCCAGCAAGCAGAAAGGGGCAGCCUCAGCCAUUUGGUUCUUUCUGGCUUUAGAGUUAAGGCCCAGAAAGGAUAUGAAGUUGUAAAGGUGACGCCUGAUUGCCUGGGAAACCUCAUGGUGUUGGAGAUGCCAGAGACAUGGGAUACCUGCCGAGGACAGCUUCUAAGAGGGUAUGGAACCCACCUAAGAGAGAAGUGUGCUGCAGUCAACAAAGCUGAAAGGAGUUGGGGAUCUGAAGAACACUGACAUUAGAGUUGGAGAUGCAGAGUUGGAGGUAGCCUUAUUAGGGUUAGGUCUUGCUUUGGUCCAGUAUUUCCUCAACAUGUUCCCUUUCCUCCCUUCUGGGGUGGUAACAUCUAUUCUGUGCCACUGUAUGUUGGAAGGAUGUGAUCUCCUUUUUAAUUUUGAUCUUAUGGGUGAUGCAGUUAAGAGAUUACCAUGCUUCUCACAAGAAACUUUGAACUUUGGACUUAAAAACAGUGUUAGUGUUGUGACAGCAACAGAAGAGUGACUAAGACAACCAUCUACCCCAAUGUUUCCUAACAGAAGCUGGCACGAGGCACGGCAAAAUGCACACUUUUGAAACUCGCUGCCUUCUGCUUCAUGAUGGUUCUAACUCCACUCUAACUCUGAAAUUACCUCUAAGAUGCCUAAAAGCAGAGACAGGGUGUGCCUUGUUAUAACCUCACUUUGGGGGUAAGAUGCCCACAGGUGCACACCAAUACAUGCUGCGUAAACAAGUACCUUCUUCAUCCACCACUGCUCUUUGGCUUCAUACUGUUCUUGGAAUGAUGGCAGGGCUCUUUCCAAACUAUAGUAAAUAUGGCAGGGAGGAAGAAAACCUUAAGGGAGACUGUGAAGAACAGAAGCCACCUGUAGCUCAAUGGAGCAUUACUUACUGCCACACACCCACACAUGCAAUCUACUUGUGAAUGGGGUGCUGAGGAAGGAAGGAGCUCAGGAUAGUCGGAGGUAUGAGAAAGAGGAUUAACUAGGAUUCAUCAAGGAACUGUCAUGAAGUGAAAAGCACCCAGAUUUGAAACCAAGGACAGGGUCUGACUGCUAUUUUAUACCUAUGUGCCUAAGACCUAUAGACCCCUGUUUCCCUUUAAACAAAGGAAAAAUAAUAUUUGUCUCAUAAGGAUGUGAUCCUUCAUGACAAACCUAAGUGCCAAGUAGUGAGUGACAUACGAUGUACUUGUGUUUCAAAGCAAUCAUCAGCUCACUAAAGUCAAAGCUGGGCUCGAGGGAGAGGAACACACUCUAGCCAGCAGCUCUCAGGUGCCUGCCUCACUGUCUUCAGGCCGGCUAAUGACCAUGGUGCCUGGCUCCAUCAGCUGCAUUGCUGGCUCCCCUGUUCACGUUUCCAAUCCCCCACCCAAGUCACUGUCAAAGCUUGGCAUUCCAGCUACAGAAUAAAACUUCACUUGCAAAAAACUAGGACACUGUUGAGUACCACGUCCCCUGAUGCUGCCAACACAGGCAUGUCCUACUCACUGCCCAGGGAGACAUUCUUCUUUUUAGAACUUUGUUUUCUAGCCCACCCAAAUUCUGAUGUAGUAACAGCUCUCAUCUCUUUCCAGACUCUACUAAUGCAAGCAGCAGCUCAGAUUCUUGAUUUAUCACUUGCCUGAAAAGUUUAACAGUCAGUAAGUCAGUCAGUCAGUCUGUCUGUCUGCCUGCCUGUGUUUCUCCCCCCCCCCACAUCGCACACUCUGGGCCUCUUACCCUGAGAUAAGGCACUUCAGAUGUAAACAGAGCUAGCUGAAGCUGUUGAUGAAAUAUGCAUGUGUAUAUAGUGAAAGAAAUUCUUGGCUACUGAAAUAGAAACCACCAAAUGGGAAACGUGGAUCACAGACAUGGCCAGUUUGAGUUCUGAGUUCUAGUGGGAUUCCUAGAAUGUUUCAUAUGUAACACAAACAUGGGAACAUGACUAAAACAUGAUACCCAAAAGAUUUUGAUACUUUUUUUUAUUUAACAAGGUAUCUAUAUCUAUAUCUUUGACAUUUAAAAUUUACUAGAAUAAGGGAUAACCAACUUCAAGCAUUGCAGUUACUAACCAUAAAGAACUUGUUUACGAAUAUUAUCUACAGGAAGAAAAAAAAAUCUUAAAAAAAAGGGAGGGGGGAACCUGCUGGGUUUUAUGAUAUAUUCCAAGUCCUUACAAUCCUGUGUAGAAGCUGAUGAAACUAAAUUUCAACCAGGGGCAGGGUUUACCUCAUGGCCAUGUUUGGCUGCAACCUCCGAUAAAUCUGUUAAAACACAAAACAGAAAAACAUUUUAAAAACUUUUUUUUAAUGUCUAUUUGUAUGUUUGUUUGAGAUAGGGUCUCACUAUGUAACCCUGGGGGUCCUACAACUUGGUGUUUAGACCAGGCUAGCCUUGAACUCCAUGCUCAGUAAAGUACCUUUAAACACUGAGACCACUGUCACACAAUCCCUGAUACUAAGCAGAUAGGCCAAACUCCAUCGGCAUCCGCUCUUCUCCAGCUUUAUCUGCCUCACUACGUGCCUAACUGAGUAAGCACAGAGGUGUUGGUUCCACACCCUAGCAAAGGGGAGAAAGUCUGUAAAGCCUUCGCAGGACAGUGGGUGGGAACUAGCAAGCAUUUAAUAGUCAAGCUAUCCAGAACAGAACAAACAGCAGACAGAUGAACAAGUAGUUAGGAACAUGGGCUAUAAAACAGCACUGACUUCUGGUAAAACUAAAUAGCUCUUAUUUACAGAAUUACUUUUUAUUUUGGUUUUUGUUGGUGGUGGUAGCUAUUUGUUUGGGUUUUUUGAGAGAGUAGCUCACCAGGUAGCCCAAGAUGACCUUGUACUUGUGGCAAGCCCCCUGCUUCUCAAAUGCUGGGAUUACAUGCAUGACCCAUCAUGAAUGGCAAGAAAGUAUUAUGUUUAAUGAUUGGCUCCUGGGGCUGGUAAGGGUACUGAUUACCAAACCUGAGGACCUGAGUCCAAUCUCCAAAAAUGACACGAUGGAUGAAGAGACUCUACAAGUUGUCUUUGAACUUCAUGUGUACCACGGCACAUAAGCCCCCUCUUCACUCUUCAUCAUACACAUACACACACAUACACAUACACACACACACACACACACACACUCAGCUCCCUGCUGGUUCAAAUGAUGGUAAUCACUUGUGCACAUGAAAUAAAAUAUUUCUGAAGGGUGGACUUGGUCUUCAGUACAAACGAACCAGUUUAUGGGCAUCUGAGAGUCUCAGCGUCUCACUCUCACAUCUGGUAUAACUGUUGUCUUACAUGAACUACACUCAAUUUACUUUGAUGCGGUGUUGUAUAAAUGACAGUACACUCUGGAUUCUCAAACCUGCACCACAGGAAACCUGUUCUCAAAUUUCUAACCUGCCCAUCUGAUCUCACACACCUUCCUAUCACUAGUAGAGACUACGUCCACUCUGGCUUUCCCCACCUUCCUCACCUAAGAGUUCACUCUACCCACUUCCUGUAGGAAGAUUGUGGGGCAUAGGUUAUGGCUGUUGGUAGAUAAGUAGGUCUUGAAUUUAUUUUGCAAACAAGACCUGUUCUAUCUACCUUUUCAUGUAGGAGGCUAAAGGCAGAGUCAGCUUGACUUCAAGGACUCUAUUGUCUUAGUCUCCAGAAGAAUAUGACUAAAUCCGCCACUUGAAACUUUAUUGUAUUUUAAAUGGGCAUGCCUAUAAUCCCAGAACUUAGAAAGUAGAGGCAGGAAGAUCAAGAGUUCCAGGUUAUCCUCUGCUACAUGGCAAGUCUGAAGCCAGCCUGUGCUACACGAGACCCUAUCUGAAGAAACUAAAAUACAAGUUAGGCAUGCUCACUCAACCCUGUAAUCUUGGCACUUAGCAGGCUGAAGCAGGGGACUGCCACAAGUCUAAGGCUGUCAGGACAACAAAAUGAAACCCCCCGGUCUUAAACCACUGAUCUUAAAAUGCCUGGGUAUUACAGGCAAGAUUUCUAAGAGGUAUGAACACUGAAGACACACUUCCCUCACUGCCAAUGGUUAACAGAGCUAAACACAAGGCAAGAGUCUGCCUGUUGGUAUCUGCGAUUAGUAAGGAGAGUACCCAUGACUUGGCACCACUGCCACUCACAAGAGCUGUUGCUGCCUGGGUCUUGUCAGUUCACUCUGUGCCACCACAUCACUGUUUGUUUUCUGCUGACAAAGAUCCUGGAAUAAAUGAGGCUCAACUCAC